AUGCUAAAAAUAUCUAGGACAGCAAUUGUGGAAUGUGGGGGAAGCUCCAUCCUUUCUGCGUUUGACAAGCCUGUUCCUUCCAAGGGGGGAAAUAAUGGAUUUAACCGGUGCCAAACCCGCUUGUGGAGGGAGGAGCCUGACCUUCCAGUCUCCCCAUUCCACAUCAUCUGGGUGUUCAGCCAGCCGGGACUUGAGGUGUCUGCCUGUCUCAGCCAAGUGCCCUUGCGGGCGGCGCUCUUCCUCACUCCUGUCCCAACUGCAGCCUAUGGACGGCUGCUGGGGACGCCUCGCGGGACCCCAGCCCAUCCCACACACUCCCGCCCGCCCGCCUCAGGGUCCACCGUGAGUAAGGUGGUUCCAGAAGAUUCCUCAGAGACCGAGCAACUCUGUGAAGCGGGUUGCAUCAGCAAUAGCAGCAGUUCCAUGAUGCAGAUGAAGAAACCAAGGAAACAUCUGUAUGGAUUGUUUCAUUAUAACCCCACAAUGCUUGGACUUGAAUCACUUCCAGAUCCCACUGAUACCUGGGAAAUUAUAGAGACCAUAGGUAAAGGCACCUAUGGCAAGGUCUACAAGGUAACCAACAAGAGAGAUGGGAGCCUGGCCGCAGUAAAAAUUUUGGAUCCAAUCAGUGAUAUGGAUGAAGAGAUUGAAGCAGAAUACAACAUUUUGCAGUUUCUUCCGAAUCAUCCCAAUGUUGUAAAAUUUUAUGGGAUGUUUUACAAAGCGGAUCACUGUGUGGGAGGACAGCUCUGGCUCGUCCUGGAGUUGUGUACAGGGGGCUCAGUCACGGAGCUGGUCAAAGGUCUGCUCAGGCGUGGCAAGCGGUUGGAUGAAGCAAUGAUCUCAUACAUCUUAUAUGGGGCCCUCCUGGGCCUUCAGCAUUUGCACAAUAACCGAAUCAUCCACCGUGAUGUCAAGGGGAAUAACAUUCUUCUGACAACAGAAGGAGGAGUUAAGCUCGUUGACUUUGGUGUCUCAGCUCAACUCACCAGUACACGUCUACGGAGAAACACAUCUGUUGGCACCCCGUUCUGGAUGGCUCCCGAGGUCAUUGCUUGUGAGCAGCAGUAUGACUCUUCCUAUGACGCUCGGUGUGACGUCUGGUCCUUGGGGAUCACAGCUAUUGAACUGGGGGAUGGAGACCCUCCCCUCUUUGACAUGCAUCCUGUGAAAACGCUUUUUAAGAUUCCAAGAAAUCCUCCACCUACUUUACUUCAUCCGGAAGAAUGGUGUGAGGAAUUCAUCCACUUUAUUUCGCAGUGUCUUAUUAAGGAUUUUGAAAGGCGGCCUUCUGUCACACAUCUCCUCGACCACCCAUUUAUUAAAGGAGCCCACGGGAAGGUUUUAUUUCUGCAAAAACAGCUGGCCAAGGUCCUCCAAGAUCAGAAGCAUCUAAACCCUGUUGUUAAAACCAGGCAUGAAAGAAUGCAUACCAGAAGACCCUAUCAUGUGGAAGAUGCUGAAAAAUACUGCCUUGAGGAUGACUUGGUCAAUUUAGAGGUUCUGGAUGAGGAUUCAAUUAUUCGUCAGUUGCAAAAGCGUUACAUGGACUUGGUGAUCUACACAUAUGUUGGAGACAUCUUAAUUGCCUUAAACCCCUUCCAGAAUCUAAGCAUAUACUCUCCACAGUUUUCCAGACUUUAUCAUGGGGUGAAACGUGCCUCAAAUCCCCCUCACAUAUUUGCAACAGCGGAUGCUGCUUACCAAUGUAUGGUUACUUUUAGCAAAGACCAGUGCAUUGUCGUCAGUGGAGAAAGUGGCUCUGGGAAGACAGAAAGUGCCCACCUGAUUGUUCAGCAUUUGACUUUCUUGGGAAAGGCCAAUAAUCAGACCUUGAGAGAGAAAAUUCUGCAAGUCAACUCCCUGGUGGAAGCCUUUGGAAAUGCAUGCACUGCCAUCAAUGACAAUUCCAGCCGCUUUGGAAAAUAUCUGGAAAUGAUGUUUACACCAACCGGAGCUGUGAUGGGGGCAAGAAUCUCUGAGUAUCUCCUUGAAAAAUCCAGAGUUAUAAAACAGGCAGUGGGAGAGAAAAAUUUUCACAUAUUUUACUACAUUUAUGCUGGUCUUUAUCACCAGAAGAAACUUUCUGAGUUCAGACUUCCUGAGGAAAAGCCUCCUAGGUAUAUAGCCGAUGAAACUGGAAGGGUGAUACAUGACAUAACUAACAAGGAGUCUUACAGAAGACAAUUUGAAGCAAUUCAGCAUUGCUUCAGAAUUAUAGGAUUCACUGACAAGGAGGUGCACUCAGUGUACAGAAUUUUGGCUGGGAUUUUGAAUAUUGGAAGCAUUGAGUUUGCAGCUAUUUCCUCUCAACAUCAAACUGAUAAAAGUGAGGUGCCCAAUGUUGAAGCUUUGGAAAAUGCUGCCUCCGUUCUCUGCAUCAGCCCUGAAGAACUCCAAGACGCCCUUAUCUCAUACUGUGUGGUCACCCGUGGUGAGACCAUCGUCCGAGCCAAUACUGUCGAUAGGGCUGCUGAUGUCCGAGAUGCCAUGUCCAAAGCGCUGUAUGGGAGGCUCUUCAGUUGGAUUGUCAAUCGCAUCAAUACACUCCUGCAUCCAGACAAAAGCAUAUGUAGUGCAGAUGAUGGUAUUAAUGUGGGGAUCUUGGAUAUUUUUGGAUUCGAGAACUUUCAGAGAAAUUCAUUUGAACAGCUCUGCAUAAACAUCGCCAAUGAGCAAAUCCAGUACUAUUUCAACCAGCACGUUUUUGCUCUUGAGCAGAUGGAAUAUCAAAAUGAAGGUAUUGAUGUUACACCUGUGGUGUAUGAGGACAAUCGCCCACUCCUGGACAUGUUCCUCCAGAAACCCCUGGGACUGCUUGCGCUUUUGGAUGAGGAAAGUCGAUUUCCCCAAGCAACUGAUCAGACCCUAGUUGAUAAAUUUGAAGAUAAUCUACGAAGCCAAUACUUCUGGAGGCCUAAGGGAGUGGAGCUGUGCUUUGGCAUUCUGCACUACGCUGGGAAGGUAUUGUAUGAUGCUUCUGGGGUUCUGGAGAAAAACAGAGACACGCUCCCCACUGAUGUGGUUGUGGUCCUGAGAACGUCAGAAAACCAGCUUCUGCAGCAACUCUUCUCGAUUCCUUUGACCAAAACAGGUAACUUGGCCCAGACAAGAGCCAGGAUAACAGCAGCCUCAAGAUCUUUGCCUCCACAUUUCAGUGCUGGGAGAACCAAGGUGGACACUCUGGAGGUGAUACGACAUCCCGAAGAAACCACCAACAUGAAGAGGCAGACCAUGGCUUCUUACUUCCGGUAUUCUCUGAUGGAUCUGCUCUCCAAAAUGGUGGUCGGACAGCCCCACUUUGUGCGCUGCAUUAAACCCAAUGAUGACCGAGAGGCCCUGAAGUUCUCCCGAGAGAGUGUGCUGGCCCAGCUCCGCUCCACAGGGAUCCUGGAGACAGUCAGCAUCCGCAGGCAGGGCUAUUCCCACCGCAUCCUCUUUGCAGAGUUUGUGAAAAGGUAUUAUUACUUGGCAUUCAAAGCACAUGAAAUGCCUCUUGCUAGCAAAGAGAGCUGUGUUGCUAUCUUGGAAAAAUCCAGAUUAGAUCACUGGGUGCUGGGAAAAACAAAGGUUUUUCUCAAAUACUAUCAUGUUGAGCAGUUAAAUUUGCUGCUGCGAGAAGUCAUAGGCAGAGUGGUUGUGCUGCAGGCGUAUGCCAAGGGGUGGCUUGGAGCCAGGAGAUACAAAAGAAUCAGAGAGAAGAGAAAGAAGGGGGCCAUUGCCAUCCAGUCAGCCUGGAGAGGAUAUGAUGCUCGGAAGAAAUUUAAGAAAAUAAGCAACAGAAGGAGUGAGUCUGUGGUUCCUAUUCAAGCAGGGCACCCUUCAGACCAAAGCAGUGAUCUGCAGCCCACUGUCACAGGGGAAAGCAAGGGAGGUGUCCAGGAUCAAGACCACUGUGAACCUAAUCAUACAAGAAGUCCACAAACAGAAUUCAACAGUGGCCAUGCAGAGACUUCAAGCAACUCUCCUGUUGUCACUGAGAAAAGUUGGCAUCCACAAACCCAGUGUUCUCCAAAAGGGUGUGAUGUCUCCGCAGGACAUUCAAAUAAGCACUCCAUUUCUGGGACUGAUCUGCUAUCUUCUCGGACAUGCCAUGCUGCCCCAGGUUGCCCAGGACCAAGUCCCUCAAAAGGAGCCCCUACAAAACUUGUUUCAGAAAACGGUCUUAUACAGAAGCAGCGAACACCUCGCCGAAGAUGUCAGCAGCCCAAAAUGUUGAGUAGCCCUGAGGACACCAUGUACUAUAACCAGUUAAAUGGAACUCUAGAAUAUCAAGGGAGCAAGAGGAAGCCAAGAAAACUUGGCCAAGUCAAAGUGCUUGAUGGAGAAGACGAAUAUUACAAAUCUUUGUCACCUGUGGACUCUGUUCCCGAGGAAGAUAACCCAUCCUGCCCUUUCCUUUCUUCCUCACCCUCAAAAGGAGCAUCUUUUGCUCAGCUCUGAGGUGUACUUUCUGCCCCCCCCCCCAAGUCUGUUCAGGAUAGUAUCUCUGCAAGAAUACCUGACAUGAAGAAAACCAACAAGGUGAAAAAUACUGUCAAGACAAAAUAACUGACCCUGGACGAAACAGAAAUCAUUCUGGGAAUACCACAGUUUUUAAAAGCUUCACUGCAAAACCAUUGGUGUUCAUGUUGUAAGCUGCUGAUUUUUCUUCCAUUUUGGCUCAUCUGCAGACAUGCCUCCAUCCACUUUAACUUUCUUUAUUUUUAAAUGUCAUGCAAAUACAGAAAAAGGCACAAAUCAGAAGACCCAACUCAAUAAGUUAUCAGAAAAUCAGUAUCUACAUAACUGCCCCUACAGUCAAGUUAUCUGUGUAACCAC